UAUGCUUUGAACACGAAAAAUGACGAGCAUGAAGCAGCUAUCCAAGCCCUUAAGGAUGCUCAUGAAGAAGAAAUUCAACAAAUUCUUGCAGAGACCAGAGAGAAGAUAUUGCAGUAUAAAAGUAAAGUGGCAGAAGAAAUGGAUCUCAAGAGAAAGAUCCAAGUUUUGGAAGAGUCACUAGAAGAUCAUAAAAAGAUGAAACAUCAGGCCUUGACAGAAUUUGAGGCAUAUAAGGACAGAGUUGAAGAUAUGCAGCUUUGUGCAGAAGCUCAGCAUGUCCAACGUGUCGUGACCAUGUCGAGGGAAGUAGAAGAGAUCAGAAAGAAAUUUGAGGAAAGGCUACGCAGUUUCAUACAGUUGCAAGUGCAGUAUGAGAAGGACAAACGUACAGCUCUGGAAGACUUGAAAGCUGCCCACAGGCUUGAGAUUCAAGAACUUCUGAAGACUCAUCAGAGUCAGAAUGCUACCUUAAGCAAGGGGCAGGAAAAACUAGAGGAAUUACAUAGACUGGAGCUGGAAGACUUGAACAAUAAAGUUGAAGAGUUAAGGCUGGAGAGAAAAAAACUCAUUGAGGACUAUGAAGGCAAACUCAGCAAAGCACAGUCCUUCUAUGAACAUGAACUUGACUCUUUGAAAAGAUCUCAGCUUUUUACAGCAGAAAGUCUACAUGCUUGCAAAGAAAAAGAAGUGGAGCUAAGAAAAGAAUUUCAAACCCAGGAAAGUAUGUUACGGAAGAAUCUGGGCAAGCUUAAAACUGAAUUGCAAAUGGUCCAGGAUGAAGCUGCCAGUCUACGGGAAAAAUGCCAAAAACUUCAGGUGGCUCUUGGUACAGCAGAAAACAAUGUUCAGGUUCUUCAAAAACAACUAGAUGAUGUGAAGGAGGAGGAGAUGUCAUUGUUAAGCAAACACAAAGAAGUGGAAAGUGAGCUAGCAGCUGCUAGAGAGCGCUUACAGCAGCAGGCCACUGAUCUUGUUCUCAAAGCCAGUCACAUUGGAAUGCUUCAAGCUACUCAAAUGACUCAAGAAGUUACAAUCAGAGAUUUGGAAUCAGAAAAGUCUAGAUUAAAGGAAAAGUUGUCCCAGCUGGAAGAGGAAAGAAACUUAUUACAAAGCAAAACACAGAGUCUGGAUGAGCGACAAAGGCAGCAAAUUCUGGCAUUGGAGAAGAAAGUAAAUGAAGCAAGGGAGACACAACGUGAAUAUUAUGAGAAGGAGCUGGUAAAAUUGCAAGCAAGGUUGGAAGGAGAGGCUGCACAGUUAAAGGAGGCUCAUUCCAAGACCUUAGAAGAAUUGGCAUGGAAACACCAUACUGCAAUUGAGGCUGCACAUAGUAAUGCUAAUAAGGAUAAGAAGAAACUACAGAUGGAGUUGGAGCAGCAGUUUGAGAAGGAGAAGCUGCAUUUGGAGGAUGAUAAGAAUCAGCUCCGACAGCAGCUGGAAAACAUGAAGGAAGAACUGACAACGAAACUGACUUCUGCCAAUCAGGAGGUGUGUCGUCUGCAAGACCUAGUGCGAAAAAGUGAGCAAGGCCUCGGGACUGCAGAAGGACAUAUCUCCAGUCUUCAAGAAGCUCAGGAAAUACUCCAGAAAGAACUGGAAUUAACUAGAGCAAGACUGCGAGAGACCACAGAUUCAUUGUAUAGUGUUGAGGGAGAACUAGAUCAGGAGAGACAACAGCAUGAGGCAAUGAUUGCUGCCAUGAGAGAAGAGGAGAAGUUCAAAGUUGACAGAAUGGCACGAGACUUGGAAAUAAAGUGGACAGAAAAUCUUCGGCAAGAAUGUAAUAAGCUUCGUGAAGAGCUGAGGCUGCAGCAUGAAGAGGAUAAGAAGGCAGCCAUGACUCAGCUGUUGCAGCUGAAAGAACGUGAGAAAAAUGCAGCAAGGGAUGGAUGGCAAAAAAAGGUUGAAGAUCUUUUAGACCAGAUCUCCUUACUGAAGCAAAAUCUGGAGAUGCAGCUUUCCCAGUCACAGAGCUCCCUGCAACAGCUACAAGCCCAGUUCAGUCAGGAGCGACAGAGGCUGACCCAGGAGAUCCAGGAAUUGGAAGAGGAGCAUCAGCAAAGGCAUAAGUCACUUCAGGAAGCCCAUAUCCUUGCCUUUCAAAACAUGGAAGAAACAAAAGAGCAAGAACAAAAG